GGGUAGAGGAGGGGGUGACGGGCCCCGGCUCAGCACCUCGGAGAGCUCCCUCCCCGGCCUUGUUUUGCUCCCAAUCGCCGCCUGGGGAGGGAGCCUAGGGGCCGGCACCCGCGCAGUAGCAGGGGGAUGGCCGUAGAGGGGUCGAGGGGCCCCGAUGGGCAGAAGGCCCAGCCGUGAUCCGGCGGGGAGGCCGGGGUGCCGGGCGGGGUAAGGGCCAGCUGGCAGCGGCAGCAGGGGCUGCACAUCUGGAUGGAAGCGAGCUUUGUCCUGACCACCAUGGCUCUGGGGCUGUCCUCCAAGAAAGCGUCUUCCCGCAACGUGGCCGUGGAGCGCAGGAACCUGAUUACCGUGUGCAGGUUCUCUGUGAAAACACUGCUGGAGAAGUACACAGCAGAGCCCAUCGAUGACUCAUCCGAGGAGUUUGUGAAUUUUGCAGCCAUCUUAGAGCAGAUCCUCAGCCACCGUUUCAAAGCCUGUGCCCCAGCAGGUCCAGUGAGCUGGUUCAGCUCAGAUGGGCAGCGGGGCUUCUGGGACUAUAUCCGGCUGGCCUGCAACAAAGUGCCCAACAACUGUGUGAGCAGCAUCGAGAACAUGGAGAACAUCAGCACAGCCCGAGCCAAGGGCCGGGCAUGGAUCCGAGUCGCACUGAUGGAGAAGCGCAUGUCGGAGUACAUCACCACAGCCCUGCGGGACGCCCGGACCACCAGGCGUUUCUAUGACUCGGGAGCCAUCAUGCUGAGGGAGGAAGCCACGGUCCUCACGGGGAUGCUGAUAGGGCUGAGCGCCAUAGACUUCAGCUUCUGCCUGAAGGGUGAAGUGCUGGAUGGGAAGACCCCCGUGGUCAUCGACUACACGCCCUACCUGAAGUUCACCCAGAGCUACGACUACCUGACGGACGAGGAGGAGCGGCACAGCGCCGAGAGCAGCACCAGCGAGGACAACUCUCCCGAGCACCCGUACCUGCCGCUCGUCACCGACGAGGACAGCUGGUACAGCAAGUGGCACAAGAUGGAGCAGAAGUUUCGCAUCGUCUACGCGCAGAAGGGCUACCUGGAGGAGCUGGUGCGUCUGCGCGAGUCGCAGCUGAAGGACCUGGAGGCGGAGAACCGGCGGCUGCAGCUGCAGCUGGAGGAGGCGGCGGCGCAGAACCAACGCGAGAAGCGGGAGCUGGAAGGCGUGAUCCUGGAGCUGCAGGAGCAGCUGACAGGUCUGAUCCCUGGCGACCACGCUCCCCUAGCCCAGGGUUCCAAGGAGCUCACCACGCCCCUGGUCAACCAAUGGCCAUCACUGGGAACGCUCAAUGGGGCUGAGGGUGUCAGCAACCCCAAGCUGUACCGGAGACACAGUUUCAUGAGCACGGAGCGGCUGUCAGCUGAAGCCAGUCUGAGCUCGGACUCCCAGCGCCUGGGAGAGGGCAAACAGGAUGAGGAGCCCUGGGGCCCCAUCGGGAAGGACCCCACGCCCUCCAUGCUGGGCCUCUGCGGCUCCCUGGCCUCCAUCCCCAGCUGCAAGUCCCUGGCGAGCUUCAAAUCCAACGAGUGCCUGCUUCCUGCCCAAGGAAGCAGGGUUACCAAGGGAAGCCUGUUGGGUAGGAAGGUGGGGUCGCCAAGGCCACCAAGUCCUUGGGGAAGCUUGCUCCACGCUUCUGGUGACUGUGAUGCCUGGCUGCUCCCGCCUGGGACUCUUCCCCAUCUUCCCUCCCUCCUCAGGAGCUGGUGGCCCAGCCUCAGCACCUUCAUCUCCCUCACCUGCCCUGUCUGUCCUGUAUUCAUUCUCUGGAGUCACUUCUUCCUCAGCCCCCAGUGCAGGGGCUCUGAGGGGACCAGGCAAAUAAAAACCAGAGGACUGAGGGAAGCCUUGUUUGUGGGGGCUGGGACAGGACCCUGUCCUGAGGUUGGCAGGAUGCGGCAGAACCAGUGCUGAGCCCACAACCAACAA